AUGAUGCAUAGAAAUAAUAGAAACAAAUCUGAAGUGCUCUUUGCUUAUUAUUUGAAAAAUAUGAAUUCUACUAACACUUCUUUGAAACCUAGUUCGGAUAGGUUUUCUCAUAUUUAUAACUCCCAAGACGUUUCUUUAUCUGAUUAUAUGAAAAUCGAUUCCGUGAUUAAACAAAUCAGUGUAGAAAAUUCGUGGCCUGAAGAUCAAUUAAAGUCGGAUCUAACCAUUUUGAUUAAAAAUCGAAUUUAUACAGUAAAGGAUCUUCGAGUAUUAUCUAAAGAAAGUUGGGAGCGAAUCGAAUUAUUACCGAUUGUCAAAGAUUUGUUACGUGAGGCAAUUAGUCGCGGAUAUGUUAAUCCAGUAUCUGGAGAGAUAUUGGUACCAAAUGACAUGAAUGACAACAUAAUUAAAAAGGAAACUUCUAAGCCUCUUCCGAUUUCUAAUGAUGAGAAAUUACAAAUGAAGUCACAAAAAAUGCAGUCAAACCUAUUUCCAAAUGAAAAACCAACCCUUUUUUCGCCUCCAUCUAACAAAAAAGUAGAUGAGAACAGAAUGAAAGUAAAAACUACUAACGGAAAAAUUUACGAAGUUGAUAGAUGGUGUCCGCAUGCUAAAACGGAUCUUAGUGCACGGGGAAUUGUCAUAGGUUCAAAACUAUUUUGUAUGAAACAUAAUUGGUCUUUUGAUUUAGAAAAUAAAGGGGUUUGUUCUGGAAACGCUGGAAACGCCUCUAUUAACGCUUGUCUCGUCAACGAUUGGUGA